AUAUGAGAAUCAUCCUAUAAAAAACGUUAUCUGUGUAUGUUUAUUCCUACGUAAGACCAUGCACAUGCAUGCUAAAGCCACUGCGAUGACAGCCCGCUAUUUGGCAUGGCGUUUUCCUUUAAGAUGAUGUAAGAGCUUUAUUCCUCAGGAUAAUUUCUCCUGCACUGUGGAAGCAACAGCAGCGGCAGCGGCAGCGGCAGCAGCAGCAGCUCAAGCGCUUAGCUAGUCCUUGGUACCACCCUGCUCGACACUCAGCAGCAUCCUCGACAGGCUUGGCAGAACGAAAGGCGCACGGAAGCGCCCGAGUCACGAGAACUGCGAUUUGUCUUCGGCAGCAACCUGCAGCCAUCGGCACGGCGCUCUCCGGCCAGUGGGGAAGAGGAGGUCAACUUUGCGCAGGUUUGCAGAAGGUUUGGGGAACUACUGGGUCGGAUGCGUUCCAGGUGUGACUGCGUCAUUUAAAGACUCUCGCGCUGAACUUCUCUGAGGGCGGACAGAGCCCUGAAAAUCAACUCUAGGCCGUCGAUCAGCUGUUACAGUUUCAAAGCUGACAGCCCUCCAGAGAUGCUGGAAAUAUUGUUGAUCUAGAAAAUUCAUUUGUUUUAAGAAAUCGCAGCACGCCCAAAGGUGCUUAAAAGUUUUCAACUUAACGGAAUUCCAGGAUUUUCAAUGAGGGACUCGGGGGGUACAACUUCUUUGUCUUAUUUUUUUUUUUUUACAUUUGAAGUUAUAAAAAUGUAAAACGACGCUUGUUCUUUUAAGUAUACUUUCCUGUCCGUUUUUUUACACUGUGGAAUAUUCUGAAAAGAGGUCUUGGAAUGAUAGCCGUUUUUUUAGAUAUAAUCAGCUACAUCUUUUAAAGGCACACAUUUCUAAGAAGUUCACUGAAUGCAUCUGGUGCAGUCAAAAUUUUACUUUUCAUGUAUUUAAAACAUCUCCACUUGUGUGUAUGUGCCAGUUUUUCAUAACAAUUUGAUUUGGAAAGAAAAGCUACUGGGUGAUGCACAGCUAAUUAUUAUGAAGAAGCUGAUGUGUGCUUCUUUGCUGUCAACGGAUUGUGAAUUACUUCUUCAGCAGUAUUUGUUUCACUGUGAAAUGCAAAGUUUUCCUGUCAGCCUGGAAGAAAUCUAACUGUCACUGCCAACAGAAUCCAACUGCUUGCUUCGUUUCACCAGGUCAUUUGUCAAAUAUCCAGCUCAAAGAUUUUUGCAUGCAUGACUGAAAAAAUGGCUUUAAGUGGGAAUUGUAGGACUUACCCUCCAGUAAAGGAGCAGGGCUCGGUUCAGGCUUCUUUCCCUGACGUGGUGGAGCUGAAUGUGGGUGGCCAAGUUUACUUCACCCGCCAUACCACACUAAUAAGCAUUCCCAACUCGCUGCUGGGAAAGAUUUUUUCCCCAAAGAAGGAUAUGUCCAAUGACCUGGCAAGGGACACAAAGGGGCGCUACUUUAUAGAUAGGGAUGGAUUUUUAUUUCGAUACAUAUUGGACUAUCUAAGAGAUAAGCAAGUUGUCCUUCCUGACCACUUUCCAGAGAAGGGGAGGCUGAAACGAGAAGCUGAAUAUUUCCAGUUACCUGAACUGGUCAAAAUCCUUACCCCCGAUGACCUUAAGCAGAGUCCUGAUGAUCCAUUCCAUAGUGAUUUUGAGGAGGCCUCCCAGGCCAGUGAUCAAAGGGUAUGUCCACCUGCAUCUUUGGUACCCGCCGACCGGAAAUAUGGCUUCAUUACCGUGGGUUACAGAGGUUCCUGCACCAUGGGUCGGGAAAGCCAAACUGAUGCCAAGUUCAGAAGGGUACCACGGAUCUUGAUUUGUGGAAGGAUAUGCUUAGCUAAAGAGGUCUUUGGGGAUACAUUAAAUGAGAGCAGAGACCCAGACCGGCCUCCAGAGAGAUACACCUCGAGGUUUUAUCUUAAGUUUAAGCACCUGGAGAGGGCUUUCGAUAUGCUCUCCGAGUGUGGAUUCCAGAUGGUAGCCUGCAAUUCUUCAGUGACAGCAUCUUUUGUCAAUCAGUACACCGAUGACAAGAUCUGGUCCAGUUACACUGAAUAUGUCUUCUACCGUGGUCCUUCUCGAUGGAUAUCACCUCACUGUGACUGCUGCUGCAAAAACAACAAAGGAGACAGAGAAGGGGAGAGUGGCACCUCUUUCAAUGAGCUCUCAACCUCCAGCUCAGAGAGCCAGUCAGAGGCCAGCUCUCCGCAGGAGACCGUCAUCUGUGGCCCCGUCACCCGCCAGUCCAACAUACAGACUCUUGACCGGCCGCUCAAAAAGGGCCCAGUGCAGCAGCUACAGCAGUCUGAGCUUCGUCGAAAGAGUGACUUGCUGAGGACUCUCACCAGUAGCUCCAGAGAAUCCAACAUCUGUAAAAAGAAACCCAUGAAGGAAAAGCUGACCGUUGAGGAGGAGCUGGAGAAGUGCAUCGAAGAUUUCCGCAAAAUCAAGAUUCCAGACAGGUUUCCAGACAGAAAACACAUAUGGCAAUCUGAUCUUUUGAGGAAAUAUCACCUUUAAAAGAAAGAAAACAACAAAAAUAAAGAAAAGAAAAGUAGAAAAGUAUGAUCGUAUAUUGACAUAUACUUAUGUCUAAAUGCUACUGCCUCAGCCAAGCUUAUAUUCAUAGUAACAUUUAUCCAUGGAUCUGGAAUGCUCACCGUGAAGUUACACUCACAGGGUAUCUUGUUACACAUGAAGGCACACUGGGUGGCAUUAAUAUCUCGGCUCAAUGAUCCAUGUGUAGCACUACAAAGCACAUUAGAUGUGUGCAAGUUUACAUGAGGCGUUCCUGAUUUCCUCGUUCUAUAGCUAAUUUGGUAUUGUUUGAGCAUUUCUUUUUUGUUCUUUUUUCCUUUUUCUCCUUCCUCCGUUGCAUGUUAAAAAAGAAAUAUUGGAAUAUAGAAGUGCCACAGUAAUAAUAAUAACAAUAUGUUUUAUUUAUCUAGGACUGAUUCAUAUUACCAAGAAGUAAUUUUUUCCCAACUCACACCACUUUAUAAAAAAAAUAAACAGACUAAUUAGCACAUCCAAGUGUUUUCUUAACCUGUUUAUUUCAAAUCUGGAUUGUGGGGAGGCGGAGCCUAUUUUGGGAACUGUCAGGUGCAAGGGAGGAGCUAAUGCCUGGGAGGGUGCCUGCCAGGUAAAACAUUCAAUGACAUGAGAGCAGUCAUACUCACAUAUUUUGUUCUGCGUCAGCAGAGGUAGAAGCAGAUCUGUCUCCAAAUGCAUACCAUGUCCACCAUAAGCGCAACAGUCAAAGUGCUAUUUCCACUUUCUAUACAUAUUCUAUACAUACAUAUAUUUUGGAUUUGAGAUGAAUACAACAGUGGUCACAUUCUAAAUUAUUAAACUGCAGAAUUCCUCAGAAACAAAAGGUGCUUUCACCUUCUUUACAUCUCAGAGCUGAAUUGGUUGAGCAGACAGCAAAACUUCCCAAUUUUGACUCCAAUGUCUCAGUAACCAAUUUUUGAAAGUACAGUUAGGAAACUGGCAAUGUACCGUGUGCCACAUUCAGAAGCUUCCAUUUGCCAGAAACACAAUCGGCUGUUAAGAUUAUAUUGUAACAGAAUGGAAGAGACAUGGGAGAAUGAGAGUCCCACCAUACAUCCCAGGUAGACACUGCAGAAGACUUUAUUGGGAUCUCAAAUCAAGAAGACCAACAGCAAUAUCAGAGAUGGAUUAAUCUUAUAAAUUUGCCAGUUAGUCAGGUAUCUCCCUGACUUGGAUGAAUUUUGAAUGUGGGGUACACGCAUCAAUCCACUUGACCAGUCCUAGUUUUGUGUUUACAUAGAUUCUGUGCUGCAGCUGAUGAGGUUCUUGUAGUUUACGUUAGUUUAAUACCAAGAACCCCCAGUUGCACCUUUGGCACACAGAUUACUGAUACAAGUGCUUUUCAUGGUGUUAAGAGGAUGAGGAACGUCAAGCACACAUUCACAUCCAUGGCAUGUGGCAAUGCUGACUGCCCCUGAAGUUCAACCCUGACCUGAAGGACACGUCUGAAGAGCACCAUCCCAGUCAUUGCUAGAUAUGUUAUUCAACCUCUUUUAAAUCUAAUAGCUGGCACCUUAUUACCUGUAACACAUCCUACCCAGU